GUUCCAAAAUAAUUCAGGUUGCUCCUAAUUUAAGCCUAAUACGCUAUUGGUGAAUGCGACUCCGAAGUUUUAUCUAUGUCUAUUUAAUCUCCCCUUCAUCUGCCCCGCUCCCGAGGAUAAUGCAAUUUCCCCCACUCAUCAAAUCUCCUGCAUUCCCCACCAAUAGCACCGUCUGAUACCAUGUCUUCCACUCCAGCGAAAUCACUCACCGCGCUCGACGACGAUGACUAUGUUGCGCAAGUCCUUGCACGCGAGGCGCGCGAUAGCUCCCUCAAGUACUCGGCACAAGGCUUGGAAGCAUAUAUGCCCAGAAGACCUACAGGCGCUGCCCCAAAACCCAAUACUAGGUUCCUCCGGCAUAUCAUCAAGGAGACGGACAGUCAUAAUGCGGCUUUGAAACGGAAGGAGGAGCGAGAGGCGCGGGAGCGGAUGCGGCAGUUGAGAAAUCCAGCGUCCACUUCCACCCAUGAGUCAAGCCGGGGGCAUCGGCGGCGGCACGAUUAUCCUUCAGGUCACCGAGGCUCGCGGACGAAAAGCAGGGAAGAUUGCGAGGACAGAUACAACUCUCAUCGGAGGAAACACGGGAGUCGUUCGAGGUCCACGGAGCGUGAUCACACGCGCAGCGACCGGAGGAGGUACAAGGAUGAUGACACUAAAGUCAGCCGGCAUGACCAUUCCAGAAGAAGUCGUCGGCAUCGCUCAUCUUCGCGGUCCAGAAGUCAAUCCCCACGGAUCGACCGAAACUCAAGCUCCAGAAGUGGUCGCAAAAGCUACCGGACGCGUGGUGAAUCGCCGCGCCGUUCCCGUUCUCGGUCCCACGAAAGGUCUGACAAGCGCACAAAUACAGAUAGCGAGAGAAGGAUUCACCCUAAGAUCUAUGAUCGUCAUAGCUCCAGAGGCCAUCAAGCGUCGCGCGAGGACCCACCACGUCGUCGCCCAUCAACAACUGAAGGCCAGCCAUCGGAUAGCGAAUCGGAUCCACUAGAGGAUCUCGUUGGACCCCUACCACCGAAAAAGGAUGGCUCAAAGGAGCCGGCGCCGAUUCUUUCGCGCGGUCGAGGUGCCUACAAACCCAAUAUGAGUAACAUCGACGCCCAUUUCGCACCCGAUUAUGACCCGGCCACAGACGUGCAGCUCGAAGAGGACGAUCUACAGUCCGGUAACAAGAACCCUCGCAGACACGUUGCCGGCCUCAUGACCGGCGCUGAUGAUUGGGAUUAUGCUUUGGAAGCUCUUCGUGAUCGUGCUCGUUGGAAGCAGAAAGGCGAAGAGCGGCUCCGUGAAGCUGGGUUCAGCACGGAUUUUGUGGAGCGUUGGAAAAGCAACACUACCUCCAAACCUGAGGACGACACCGAUGGUAGACUGGAAAGUGUGAAAUGGACCAAGAAAGGUGAGGGUCGGGAAUGGGACCGCGGUAAAUACGUGGAUGAAGAUGGACAUAUUGAUGUAAAGGCCUCCUGGUAGCUUGUGGGGCUAAUAGAGAUUCGUCUUGGAAUCAGCAGGGGCCGUAGCAUUUUUGUGGAUAAGCUAUAUCAUAAAGACCAUUACACUACC